CGAGCUAGGGAGGCUCCUUCAGAGCAUCGCAGCCAAUCGUGGUGGUGGUCACACUUUGCGGGUGAGCUGACUUUGACUUGGCCACAAAGUCCAGCUAGUUCGGGAGCGGCCAUGGGAUCCUGGCAGGCACGUCCCCAGCGCCAGCAGCACUAUGAGGAGCUGGCCCGCAAGACUGGAUUUUCCACGGAGCAAAUCAAAAACCUCCACAAAAGAUUCCGACAACUGAGCGGAAACGAAGAGAUGCUGAGCAGAGCGAAUUUGGACAGCAUCCCAGCACUUGCCAACAAUCCCAUUAAGAAGCAAAUCAUCGAUGCCUUCUUUGACAAAAGAAACCAGCAGCAGGAAGACACGCCAGUCGGCUCCUUGGAGGAGAUCAGCCUGGAGCAGUUCCUGAUGGUCAUGAGUCACUUCCGUCCCCCCGAGCACAAGAGCAGCGAGGAGGAGCGUCAGGUCAUCAGGAAGCGAAAGCUGCGCUUUUUGUUCAACAUGCACGACACGGACAGCGACGGCACCAUCACGCUGGCAGAGUACAGGAAGGUGGUGGAGGAGCUGCUGUCCAAAAGUGGCACCAUCGGCCACGAGGCUGCCAAGGCCAUUGCCGACGCGGCCAUGUUGGAAGUGGCCAGCACCAACGUGCCGCACAUGGCACCGGACGAAUUCUAUGAAGGGAUAACCUUUGAGCAUUUUGAACAGAUUCUAAAAGGUCUGGAGAUGGAGUCCCGGAUGCACAUCCGCUUUUUGGAUGUGGAUACCACCACCGUGCGCUGCGGGAAAGCCACCUCCUGAUCCCCUCAUAGUUUAAAAUACAUAACCAUAAAUAAUGGGACAUUAUAAGUUUUCAAAGUUUUAAGGUCAUUAUAUUUAAUUAACAUGUUUCAUCAUU